GUAACGCAAGUCGCCUGAGCUAGCGUGCGAUGCGCUGCGGGCGUCAGGGUCCCCAUUAAAGACUGCAUGCUCGCGACGCGGGUUUGACGGUCACGGCAGGACAUGUUCGCUAUGAGGGAGCAGAUGCUGGAAGGACGAUAAGGCUGGAUGUACCAUCACCGUUAUGCUCACCCAGAACGUCGAGUUGCGCAGGUUUGGUGCUGCGCCGACGAUAGUGACCACAGGUUGCUACGUCCGGGAUAUCGAGGACGAGCUCGACGCCGAAUUCGGCGGCACGGCCGCCCGGCGAGAACUCGAGAAGGGGCUGCUGUCGAAGGUCCUUAACUUUGUCCGUCUGCCGCCCUUGUCGAUCCUAAUCGCCCGUAGAUUGAUCGCAGCAAUGCCGAGCACGCUGCACGUCUCAAGAUAGGCCCCAUCGGCUGACAUUCAAGAGCGUUUGGUCUCUUAGUGCGGCUCGAUUGCGAGGCUUCGAGGAAGACCUGGGCUUGAAAGGACAACGUUCAAACGCUACGCGACCGCAAGCGGUGUGGAUCGACGAGUGGAGUAGGUUCGGGUGUUUGUCCCACUUUAAAAGGUGUUCUCUAUUC